AUGGUACCCGAGCCACAGCUCAGCGAUGCUACAAAUGUGGUGAUCGAGGAAGCUGUACCUCCCGCGGUGGACUCGAAGGAGAUGAUCGAUCCGGGGAUGGCUUCCGACGAGGACAUACCCGCUUUCAAUCGCUACGUGUCAGUCCUGUGGGACAGACUACGUACAAGGUUCAGAAGCGCAACUCGCAAGACGAUGGUCGAAGUUGAAUACGACGAAAUGCUCAGGGUUAGAUGCUACGAGUACAUGUGCGUUAGAUAUGUAUUUGAUACUGACGUCGGUCGAUUCCGUCCUGUCGGCAUGGGAGAGUGGACAGCUUCUGAAAUGCACCAGCGGUUGAGGGAUGGUGGUAUGAGUCACGAGGAGGCCACGCUCGAGCUGGAGGAAACGGGUCCGAACGAGAUCAGGGUGAGAGUCCCUGGGAUCAUUGAGAGUCUGGCUUCCGAGUUCAGCGAUGUUCUCUAUAUACUGCAGUCUAUUGCGGCUUGGACGUAUAUCGUCUUCACGACAUGGAACAUCGGUAUAAUAUGGCUCGCCAUGACGCUCAUUGCGGGGACCUAUCGAGCCCUGUUUAUCGUGAGGAGAGGCCAGAAGAAGAUCGCUACCUUGGCCAAGCUCGAAACCCGGGUGCAAGUUCUGAGAUCAGGGAAGUGGGUUGAAAUCGGUUCCCAUGGUGUGGUUCUCGGCGACCUGCUGAAAGUAGAGGAACGUGAACCUCUCCCUUGCGACGGGGUUGUCGUGGAGGGAUCUGUAAUCGUCAACGAGUCCAUGCUCACUGGUGAGCCCAUGCCCAUACAGAAGUUCUCCGUGGAUGAUAUUGAAGAUGCCGAGAUCACCAAAAAGAAUACGGCCUAUGCAGGCACUAUGUGUAUGCAGUCGACGGGCCCACACGAUGGUCGUGCCAUUCUGAUGGCAACCAGUGUCGGAGCUCUCACGACCAAGGGACAACUCAUCCGAAUGGUACUCUUCCCACAGUCUGUCAGGUUCAAAUACACUGAUCAGCUCCCAAUUGUGUACGGCAUGCUAGCUCUGUAUGCUGUACUCAUCAUCGUUCUGUACCUGACCACGACAAAUCUGGGUUCCUGGGUGGUCACUGUGCUGCAAAUUCUGAGUACCGUUGCUCAGACGAUGAACCCCAUGCUGCCCGUCUCUAUCGUGAUGGGCCAGUCAGUGGCGGCCUUCAGGCUGGAGAAGCAUCAUCAGAUAUCAUGUCUCCAACCGGGUAGGAUUCCCGUUGCCGGCAAGAUCUCAACGAUGGUGUUCGACAAGACUGGUACGAUCACGAAGGACGGUAUGGACUUCGCGGCGGUGGUUGCCGUUGAUCCCUCGAGAAGAACUUUCUUGGGCAAGAUUCAGUUCGAGCCGGACCUGCCUCCUCUCGACGAAAGGAACAGAUCUGUGAUAUCCGAGCAAGUCCCUCUGAGAAUGCAAUAUGGUCUUGCCUGCUGCCACACUGUGACCACUCUCCGUGACGGAACGUUGGUUGGGAACCACGUUGAAGUGUCGAUGCUGACUAUGACUGGAUGGUCUCUUCCAGCGCCGGAUGCGGAGAGUANNNNUAUGACGAUAAUUCUAGUUUUUACAUCAUGGUUCAACAUAUCAUCUUUGGUGUCGGGUUCUCUGGCUCGUAUUGGAGGAAACUGUUGGCUAAGUUCCGAGCCGUGUGAGGAUUCGAUGCUGUUCGCUGUGAAGAAUAGUUUUUUUUGCAAGUCAUCUCGCGUGGUUGGAUGA